AGAAACGAAAAUAACAAAGUCAGAACGCAGUUUCGCGGAAGUUAGAGGUACUUUUUUCUCUCAAAGACGAUCGCAUCACCGCAACAAGUGUUUACAGUUUCAGAGAUCGAAAGAUGAUAAGAAACGACUGGACCUAUCAUGAACUGUAAAUGUUUCGGAAGCAGUACGAGGAGCGGAUAUCAAGAUGCGCCGCACACUAUCGGUCGUCUCCUUUGGAAUGAUUCUAGUCGCGGCUUCCUCGCCCGGGGAACAACCUACGGAGAAAAACAUUUUCGGGCAAUGUAUUCUUCCGCUUGGCAUGGAGGAGGGAAAGAUUCCGGAUGACGCGAUCACCGCUUCUUCCAGUUACGAGACGAAAUCGGUGGGCCCUCAAAAUGCGAGGAUUCGACAAGAAAAGAACGGCGGCGCUUGGUGUCCAAAAGCUCAGAUUAGCAGCGCGAUACGAGAAUAUUUGGAGAUUGAUUUGACGCGAAACCAUUUGAUCGCGUGGACCGAAACUCAAGGACGAUUUGGCAACGGUCAAGGUCAAGAAUACGCAGAAGCCUUUUUUCUUGAGUAUUGGCGUGAUUCGAAGUGGCAUCAGUAUAAGAACUUGAACGGUGACAGGGUGCUACGGGGAAACAGCAACACUUAUUUGGUGGAAAAGCAAAAGUUGGAUUUGCCGUUUAUCGCUAGCAGAGUACGAUUCGUACCUUACAGUCAACACCCUCGGACGGUUUGCAUGAGAGUCGAGAUAUAUGGAUGCGUGUGGGAACAAUAUGUGAUGAGAUACAACGCACCAAAGGGAUCGAACCUCGGCCCCGGGGGAUGCAACGUUCAAGAUUCCUCGUACGACGGCAUCGAAAGCGGCGACGACGAUUCUCUUAUGAUGAUCGACGGGCUGGGUCAACUAACGGACGGGAUUUUAGGAGAAAUUCUAGAGAUUUUCAGCUGCUCGACGACCGGUACAAAUUGGAUAGGUUGGUCCGAACGCGACACCGUCGAGCUGAUAUUUCAUUUUCAGGAACCGCGAGAAUUUAACAGUUGUUCCGUUCACGUCGCUCAUUUACCGGAACUAGAAGUUCAGAUGUUUUCAACGUUGCGAGUUUGGUUCUCCGUCGACGGUGAAAACUAUCAAUCGGAGCCAGAAAAGUUGGAAGCGAGCUCGAACAAUUCCAAUUCGUCGACCGGUGGUACCAUUUUAACCUCGAUCCCCUUACAAUCUAGGAUCGGACGAUCGGUGAAAAUCGAAUUUAGUCUCACCCAGAGAAAGUGGUUGCUCGUUAGCGAAAUCAAUUUUCACACAGUAGGAGACAGUAGCAAGAAUCGUUCGACCGAUACCUAUUUUUCGAUCGAUCGGUCCUCGUUUCGGACGAAUGAAAAUCAAUCGGAAUUACGAUCAACGUCGAUGAUCAGUUCAAAAUCCAUCGAGACGAUAUCGGGCUUGAACGAAACUGAAAUCUACGAAAUUCACCAAGACGACUCGACGCCGGACGCCUUUCCAGUCGGCACUUCGCAAACUUACAUCGGUCUGGUCAGCGGCUCGUUGACGAUUAUCGUCCUUUUCUUAACUUGCACCACAUUUCUGAUCAAGCAGAGGGGUCGUAACAAAGUGGCGCUCUUACAAAAACACACGGCCCUUCUCUGCGACUCGUCCGCUCCCGGCAUCGCGAUCGUUCCAAACGUUAAAGACGUUAAGUUUUCAAAUUCCCUCGUGAACGGGCUGUCGCUGGUUCGGAAACCGAUCACCAUCGUCGCGUCCAACGACUCGCGCGAUCGAUCGGAUGGUCAAACGAAUCCGACUCGCGCGGUCACCAAUCUCGACCAUCAUCCUCGUUCCAUCGUCUACGAAACAAGCUGUUACAAGCUAUUCUCCGAGGAAAAUCUCGUUCUACCGGAAUCUAGCUCUUCUGCUCUUGCUACCGAGUCCUGCUUCUCCGACUUUGAGCGCAAGUCCAGUUUCACGAAAAACAAAGGUCCAGAAUUUACGAUAUCAACGACGACGACGACGACGACGACGACGACGACGACGACGACGACGACGACGACGACGACGACGACGACGGCAAAGACGAAUCAAAAAGUGCACGAAGGAUAUUACGCGGCAACCGACAUUUUAACGAUAAAGAAACGAGAGCUUCCGUCGUCGAGUUUGAGUCCGAGUCCUUUUACGCCACUCUCUAUUCGCGAGAAAAGCGUGCGUACCCUCCUCGUCGAUCCCUGCGACGUUCAGCGUGUUUCUAGGCACAGAUUAAGAAUGUUGGAUAAGCUCGGAGAAGGGAACUUUGGUUUGGUGCAUUUGUGCGAAGCGAAAGGAAUCGCGAGCGUAGAGAGAGGUAACGCGUUUGAAAAUCGACAAACCGUGAUCGUUAGGUCGCUAUGGCGAGGCGUCGUCGACUCUUUGAGGCUAGACUUCACGAAAGACAUGCAAAUUCUGGCGAUGCUUCGCGAUUUGAAUGUAGCCAAAAUGGUGGCGUUGGUGGAAGAGGAACCAUUUGGAGCUGUAUUUGAAUACGGCCAAUUCGGCGAUCUUUAUCAUUUUCUACAGUCUUACGAAAACGAUUUCAGUUACGGCGAUCGCUUGAAUUUCAUUAGCCAAAUCGCGUCCGGUAUGAAAUAUUUGGAAUCCCUGAACAUCCCGCAUUGUGAUUUGGCAGCUAGGAAUUGCAUCGUUUCUCAAAAUCUGACGAUAAAGGUGUCCGAUCACGCGAUGUUCUGUAACAAAUACGAUCAUCAUUACUACACCGACGGAUGCAACGCAAAGAUUCCUCUUCGUUGGAUGGCAUGGGAAGCUGUUCUCUUGGGUAAGCGUAGCUGUGAAACGGACGUUUGGUCAUUUGCCGUGACCGUUUGGGAGAUUUGUAUGGAUUGUAAGGAGACGCCGUACGCUGAUUUAACCUCGGAGCAAGUUUUGGAGAAUUACGCUCGUUGGUAUGAAAACGACGACGACGACGACGACGACGACGACGACGAUGAGAAUGGUUCUAUCAAGAAGGAGAAAAAUUCGCCUCGAAUCCUUUCGCGACCCAUCCAUUGCUCGGACAGUCUCUAUCUAAUGAUGAACAAGUGUUGGAAGAAACAGACCGAGGACAGACCCAGCUUUGAGGAAAUUUAUCUCUACCUCGAGAGACUAGCCCUCGAUUGAACUUUGAUGAAGAUCCUCAUGGUCGAGUAGCACGGACCAAAUCUAUUACAAUCAGCUAAGAAGCAUCCUGUUCGUUUCAUUUUUCAUUUUUUCAAAUUUUCUACGCUCGUACGUCUGGUUUUCCUCUUAAUCGUCUCGUUCGCUUCGCAAUCGUCGUAGUCGUUAUAGUCGUCGCAGUCGACUCCAGGAUGCUCUCUGGCCAUUAACUCGUAAUGCUCAAUUAGGUUUAUAUUCGAAUCAAUUUUUAUGCAUAUAAGAGUACAUAAAAAUUGCGCGUGGCUCCCUCCAGAUUCUAUGUACUUGAGGAAAGACGCGCGCAAAACCAAAAUUUAGAAAAGUAUUUUAUUCGCUUUAGUUAGAGACAAAUGGAUUCGCGGAAAUGAAUUAUUUACGAUGGAAUAUUUCAUUGCACGCUCGAUGAAAUCAAUCUUUUAAAAUAUUUUUCUUAUCUUCAAGACUGUAGUUUAUUUUUUAAGAUUUUCCAACAUCCUUUUCGCCCUUAAUCAAUGAGUAGAAUACGUUUCUAAAAUUUGGCGAUCUAUUCCUACAUGUACUUUGCGUACAUGUACUACGCGCACAUGUACUGCGCGGCUACGUACAAACCGCACAAGUACGUACGUGUAACGUGUUACUUCAAACGUAGGUUUAUCGUGAUUGCGAAAAGCAGAUCCUUUUUUUUUUAUAUAAAUGAUCGUAUUAUCGUAUUAUCGUAUUCUCGUAUGCUCGACUUCUCGUCUUCUGAUUUGUCAUUCAAUCAGAAUUUUCUAGAGAAGGAUAAUAUCGUUUAUCUACGGCUACGCUUUCAUCAUCGUUCAGUAGCUGAAACUUUUUUUCUUAACUCGAUCUAACGUAAGUACAUACGAUCUGUUAUGUAAGAUUUAUCUGAUUGUCAGUAUUAUUGCAAGUAUUUAGCGUGCAACGAAGCAAUCACGCGUCUCCGAGCGAACGAAAGAGAUUUCAUGCUACAUACAUUCUGAUCUAACGUUUCGACUAACGAUAAGAGAAGCAUUCAUUUUUAUCGAAAUGUGCGCUGUAUUUGUAAUUAAGCGUUAGCGAAUAAGUUUGCGCGCGUUACUAGAAACGAAACGAAACGGGACAAUCAGAGAAUUUCGCGAACGUUGUUUCGCAGAGCAUGCGGUGGUACGUAUUAUCCAAAGUCUAAACGGAUAAUUAUCGAUCGAUUUGCCGCGAACGCUCGGCCGAAUCAGUGAUAAUAUCCUAACGCGAAACACGAAACGAACCGUUUUUCUGCUCGCAUGCAAAUCGAUCGCAUUCACCGUUGGUAUCGCGCGUACCUUUCUAUCGAACAAUUUUUCUAGAUAACCGCGGUUGCGGUUCAUCGAAAUUUGUAAUACAAAUCAUACGUAUAUCCCAGUAAAAAUUAUAUUCUUCAUAUUUCCAACGUUACGGUGAAUAAAAAUUGUUAUAUACUA